GGGAUAUUUAAAGUUGAUGCGUCAUUGAUUCCUGAAGCUAUUGUGGACGGCAUAAAAGGAUGGCUUUUUUGAUCAUGAAUAGCAUCGAGGGGUUGGUAUUUGCUUAUAGAUAUUCGUCGUGUAUAAUUAUUUUGAAAAGACCGUUAAAAAAAGCAGCAUCCGUCAAGGAGACGGCUGCGGAAAUAGGCGCAUCCGCCACGUCCGGCAUUGAAAAGACCAAAGCCACCAUGCAAGAAAAGGGUGAGAGAAUGACUGCACAUGACCCGACUCGAAAGGAGAUGGCAACGAAGAAAAAGGAGGCUAUAAUAAAUCAAGCAUAGUAUGAGAAACAGGUGGCAAGCAAGCAAAAUGCCACGCAGAGACUGGUGACUGAAGCCGUUGAGACGCACUCCUACUUUGCCACCAGAGCCACUGCCCACUGGCAAUCCUAUGGGGAGCCACCAGAUGUCAUCCUUGCUGGGACAUGGAACCGAAGCGCCUGUUGGUAGUGUUGUGGAAGGAGUUGUUGGGUCUCACCCAAUUGGAAGGGACAUGGGCACCGAUACCACUCUGGCUGGGCAUAACACGAAAACUGGUGGUGGAGGUGCUGGUGGAUAUAGCUCUAAGGGAGUGUAGCAUUGAUUUAAUUCAAGUUUGAUGUAAAUCUUUUCGUUUGCCAUCUAUGUGGUUAAAUAAUUAAAUUAAUAAGAACUUAAGAGUAGUGUGACAUUGUUUA